AUAGCACACUCUUCAGGCCGUUCACUUGGAGAGCGCGCAGGGGGCGGUGUCAGUGCUUUAGGUUGUGUGUGGCGUUUUCAGACUACAUUACUGAUUAGCUUUUUCAUUUUAUCACCGAAAUGCCUCUUCGUGUGAAGGCGUUCAUUUUUCUCACCUAAGCGACACGUUUCCUUUUUUUUUUUUAGGGCAAGGAGACGCUUGACGCUUUGGGCGGGGAUUUACCAGAGUCAACGGGAAGUGAAAGAAAGUUUUUUUGUGUGUUGGUUUUAUUUUCUAGUGAAGUGUGUCCAACUGAGAAAAAAUACAACUAAUAAAAAGUUCGACGUCGUCGCAGAAACCAUUUUAUACUUAAGUACAACGAGAAACACCCGGAGGAACCCAGCUUUAAAGAUGGAAUGGCUGUCAGCUUUUAAUGUUUUUAUGUUUAUACUUUUCAGCUUACAGGUGAAUGCUCAGAAUGGUGUCAUGCAGGUUUCUGAAAUGGGAUCUCUUGAUGAACAAAACUACUGUUUUGUCUACAACUCUAACUGGACACCUAUUCCUCCUACCUUUAACAGCUCUUUGCGCAUCUUCACUUCAACUUAUCUGUGUAAGGAAGAUGAUAUCCCUGUUGUAGUGAAGGGCCUUGCCAUCUUGGUGAUGAGAAAGAAUUGUUCAUUUUCUGAAAAGGCCAUCAUUGCCCAGAAAAAAGAAGCUACUGCCUUAGUGAUUGCAUCAGAACAAGAACUGAAUAUUCCAUCAGGAAAUUCAAGUACCUUGGACAAAGUUAAUAUUCCAGUUGUUCUUGUUAAAUACACAGAUGUGCAGGCUUUGGAGCAGCAUUUCAAAGGAAACCUGACAGUGAAGCUUUCUGUCCCUGUUGCGCCUUUGUUUGACAGCAGCAUAGUGGUGCUCUUUCUAAUUGGUGUUCUUACUGUGGCUCUUGGAGGCUACUGGAGUGGUGCAGCAGAACGUAAUGAAAUGGAUUCUCAGACUGCUUUAGAAGGAGAUGGAAGGAGAACAGAAAAGAGCGAUGUCCUUAUAUUUUCACCUCUUAAAAUAGUGGUGUUUGUGGGAAUCAUGUGUGGAAUGCUGCUUUUACUAUACUACUUCUACAGGUUUCUAGUUUAUUUGAUUAUUUGUAUUUUCUGCAUUGCUUCUGCUAUGGCCUUAUUCCACUGUUUAUCUGUGCUCCUUGAGAAGGUACCAUACGGGAGAUGCAGUUUCUCAUGCAGAAGCAAAACGGUUGAGAUAAGAAUGAUUUUACUUGGUGCAGCUUGUAUCACGUUAUCUGUAAUAUGGGCCGUGUAUCGCAAUGAAGAUAGCUGGGUUUGGAUUUUGCAGGAUUUUUUGGGAGUUGCCUUUUGCCUUAAUUUUCUAAGAGUCAUAAAAAUCUCAAGUUUCAAGCUGCAUGUUAUAUUACUCAGCCUCCUGCUUGUUUAUGAUGUAUUCUUUGUUUUCAUUACUCCAUUUCUAACGAAAAGUGGAGAGAGCAUUAUGAUAGACGUUGCUUCAGGCGGAGGAUCCAGUGACGAAAAGAAUGGUGGAAGUGUUCUUCAAGGCCUCCCAGACUCAACAUCUCGGAGAGAGAAACUGCCAGUUUUAAUGAGGGUCCCUCGGCUCAAUGAUCCUGCUCCGAAUGUUUGUGGGAUUCAGUUUUCUAUUCUUGGAUAUGGAGACAUCAUUGUACCAGGCCUUCUGGUGGCAUAUUGUCACCGGUUUGAUAUAUGGGUCAACAACUCUUCUAGAAUCUACUUUAUAUCCUGCACAAUAGCCUAUGCCUUUGGAAUGGGGCUGACACUGCUGGUUCUACUCCUGACAAAGAUGGGACAGCCAGCACUUCUGUAUCUGGUGCCAUGUACUCUGAUCACCAGUUCUAUUGUUGCCUGGAGAUGUAAGCAAAUGAGGCAGUUUUGGGUAGGAAGCAAUUAUGAGGUUUUGGACUCCACAAGGGAACCUUUAUUACAAGGUGGCAAAGAUCCCUGAAGAGACCCCAGCUGAGAACUGACUGAAGUUCCCCUGCCAAGUUCCUCAACAGUUACAGGGAGCAUCAAUCUUAAAUUACCUUAGGCUACUUCAUUUUAAUUUUUCUGUAAAUUUAACUAUGUUUUUGUUGAUUUAGAAAAAUAUUUAUUUGAAGAUUUAUAGAUCUCUAACACAUGGUUUCAGCUUUCCAUACAAUGUCCCAGCCAUAUUCCACUAAAGAUUGCUUAAAAUCACCCUGUCCUUUCACACUGUAAUUUUUUUUUUUUAAUUAGUUUCUUUACAGCUGCUUUUUCACACAAGUAUGACUUUAGCGCUGGAACUUCUUUACAUUUACAAUUUAAUUUUUUUUUAACAAUACAGUUGUUUUCAUGAUUAAAUAUUAUUUUCCUGUACUGUAUGAACCUUAAAGCAAACAUUGCCAAACGUUAAUAUCUGCAGCCUUCAUUGUAAGGCUACUUGGCCAUACUGGGUGUCGUGGCUAUACAGUUAUACAUAGUAAUUGUUUUCGAAUUUAUUAAAGGGUGAAAUAAUGCUUUUUAUAACUGUUAACUAUGCAAAUGAUUUGGUUUUGUUUUUAAAUGUAUUUUUUUAAGCUUGAAAGAUUGCUUCUAGAACAGCAUUUAAAUUGAUAUAUUUUUAUGCAACAUUGAAAAUAACGAUCAAACUGGCUGGAACUUUUAGUGCAAUAACAAGGUUUAUAUGUAUUUGGGAACUUGGUUUUGAUUCUACUUAGGAUUAUAUCCUUUUGUUUUUGUCAUAAAGGCUUUUAUAAAGCCUAAAUCAAAUCUGUGAUGGUGCAUGUUUUAUUAAUGCCUUACUGGACUGAUAGAAUCAAGUCUUUUUUUACCCAUGCCCAAUCCAUUGCAUCUUCCAGUGUUCAAGGUACAGUAAACCCCAAGAACUUUUUUACAGUAAAACCCAGGAAUUUUUUUUAGUAUUUGUGCUGGCUAUCCUUGACCUUUCGUUAUCAUUAAAUAAAAUAAUACAUUAAAUAUGCUGUAACUUUUGUACAGUGUAUGAUCGUCAUUUUUAAUGUAUCUUAUCAUUUUCCAAGAAAUUUGCUGAACUGUUUUACUUUCAGGAAACCGGGGCUAGAGUAAAUAAUGUAUGUAACAAAAUUAACAUCAAAUGUAUAAAUGUUAAUUAAUAUUGUGUGUUACACUCGUGACUUUACACAGUCGAUACCUUUGAUUAAAAAAUGAUACAAUGUGA